GGGUCUCGUGCAUGAAUUUCUCUUAACUUCUACAAACACUUUUGACACUCAAUUAAAGUACGUUUAAUUCCUAUUAUACACACUCUUUAUAAGAACUCUUUCCCUUAUAAAACAUUUCCAAUAUCAUAUGACAUUGGGAUAACUGAAGAUACAUCCUCAAUAUUUAUCAUCUUUUAAGACUGAAAGAAAAUGAUGUACAAAGCAAAUUCUUUGUAAAGAGUGAACUAUAAGAAGGAAAACAAGAACAUUAUAUAUACAUUGUGAUUUGAGGAGAAAAAUAAUGGAAAAGAGUGAGAAGGUUGAAGCGUUCAUUUCUGAUGUCUGUAAAAGGUCCUUCUCUCGAAAAAGUGACCUAACUGAACACAAACAUAUUCGAAUAAGAAAGAAGCCAUAUAAUUGUGAUAUCUGUGGUAAAUCAUUCUCUCAAACUAGUAAUUUAACUGUACACAGACUAAUUCAUACUGGAGAGGAGCCAUAUCACUGUGAUAUCUGUGGUAAAUCAUUUUCUCAAAAUGAUCACCUCACUAAACAUAAACGUAUUCAUUCAGGAGAGAAACCAUUUCAUUGUGAUAUCUGUAGUAAAUCAUUCUCUCAGAGUAGUAAUCUUUCUAGACACAUACGUAUUCAUACUGGAGAGGAGCCAUAUCACUGUGAUAUCUGUGGUAAAUCAUUCUCUCAUAGUAGUGCUUUACCAAGACACAAAUAUAUUCAUACAGGAGAGAAACAAUAUCAUUGUGUUAUCUGUGGUAAAUCAUUCUGUGACAGUAGUGCUUUACCAAGACACAAACGUAUUCAUACAGGAGAGAAGUCAUAUCAUUGUGAUAUCUGUGGUAAAUCUUUCCCUGUUGGUAGUGACUUAACUAAACACAAACGUAUUCAUACAGGAGAGAAACCAUAUCAUUGUGAUAUUUGUGAUAAAUCAUUCUCUUGGAUUAGUAAUCUUUCUACACACAAGCGUAUCCAUACAGGAGAGAAGUCAUAUCACUGUGAUAUCUGUGGUAAAUCAUUCUCUCAAAAUGGUGACUUGACUACACACAAACAUACUCAUACAGGAGAGAAACCAUAUCAUUGUGAUAUUUGUGGUAAAUCAUUCUCUAGGAGUAGUAAUCUUUCUACACACAAACGUAUUCACACAGGUGAGAAGUCAUAUCAUUGUGAUAUCUGUAGUAAGUCAUUCUCCAAAUGUAAUGACUUAACUAGACAUAAACAUAUUCAUACAGGAGAGAAGCCUUAUCAGUGUGAUAUCUGUGGUAAAUCAUUCUCUCUGAAUAGUAUCCUUUCUAGGCACAAGCGUAUUCAUACUGGAGAGAAGCCAUAUUACUGUGAUAUUUGUGGUAAAUCAUUCUCUGGUAGUAGUAAUCUUUCUAUACACAAACGUAUACAUACAGGAGAGAAGCCAUAUUAUUGUGAUAUCUGUGGUAAAUCAUUCUCUGAAAGUAGUACUUUUCAUAGACACAAACUUACUCAUACAGGAGAGAAGCCUUAUCAAUGUGAUAUCUGUGAUAAAUCAUUCAAUCAAAAUGGUGACUUAACUAAACACAAACGUAUUCAUACAGGAGAGAAGCCAUACCACUGUGAUAUCUGUGGUAAAUCAUUUUCUAAUAGUAGUGACUUAACUAAACAUAAACGUAGUCAUACAGGAGAGAAACCAUAUCAUUGUGAUAUCUGUGGUAAAUCAUUCUCUCGAAAUAGUCAUUUAAAUGAACACAAACUUAUUCAUACAGGAGAAAAAAGAAAAGGGUAGUUUGUAUGAGUUCUUUUGUAAACUACUUAUUCUUUUUAAUAUUUCUGAUUUAUAUAAUAAAAAUUAUGAUUCUGAAAACAAUGUUUUUCCAAAAA